AUGCUGCUCUGUCUCACCUUCAUUGACUUGAAGAAGGCCUUCAACUCAUUUGAGAGCGGUAGUGGAGGCCUUGGACAACCAAUGCGUCCCUACUCAGUACAUAAAGCUGAAUCUAGACAAGACGAUGUUCAUGUGGAACGGAUGGGUCUCGGAUGCCCCAUUCACGCCCAACGGAACGAACAUAUCCGAAUGCACCAGCUACGUUUAUCUGGUCAGGAAUUGAGCAUGAUGAACGACCUGACCUCCGAGCUGGGCAGGAGGAGACGAGCGGCUUGGGGAGCGUAUAAGAGCAUCGAGGAUGUAGUGAAGAAGACCAGGAACACCUGGUCCCGUGCUCACCUCUUCAACACCACCGUACUUCCUACUUUUACCUAUGCUUCGGAAACCUAG